AUGGAAAAAGUACCGUCAAGUCCCAGCUCUGCCACGACCCCGUUUGCCACCUUGUUUUUCACCUCUGCGAUGGAAUUUGAAUGGCUUGUGUCUCAGCUGCUGGACGAGUCCCCGGGCAAAUCACUGACAUUCCUGGCCUGCAGCUAUCCUCCGAGCGGCCUUUUUUACAGCAUCUUCACGGACCAACUGAAGUGCAAUUUGAACAUCAUCAACUUGGAUCCGGAGGUCAACCCCGAAGGGUUUGGCAUACUUCUGGAGUUCAUGUACACCUCCCGCCUCAACUUGAGGGAGAGCAACAUAGUGGCUGUCAUGACCACCGCCCUCUACCUGCAGAUGGAACAUGUAGUGGACACGUGCCGCAGACUUCUGAGCUCCAGUGAAGCAGAGAUGAUGUCUGCUAUGAAGACUCCCCGGGAUGAGUUCUUGCCCAAUCGGAUGCUGAGUCAUCCCGAGAUGAUGGCGUACAGGACCAGGGAUAUGCCGGAGAACGGCAUGCCUCUUCGGAACGGGCCGAUUUGUGACGGGCGGGCCUUUGCCACUAGCUUGUACAGCAGCUUGUCAGGGUCCCCCCUGUCCUACACUGGAUACGGCCCCAUGCCCGUCAAUGGCUACCUUUUCUCAGACGAAGAACUGCGAGAGUCAAGGAUGCCCUUAGGGUCGGACGUUUCGAGGGCCAACCUUUUCUCGCGGGAACGGGCGCCGCCGUGCAACAUCUCGCGGGCGGGCGCCCCCGAAUACACCAGGGCCAUCACCGACGUCUCCCCCAACAUGUGCCGCGCCACCGUCUACUCUCCGAAAGAGGCCACCGCUGAGGACGUCAAGAGCGACCCGCACUACAGCCCGGGCCCCAAGCCGGCGACCCCGCUGGCUCGGAACAACCCCUACUUCGACAAAGUGGGCAAGGAAGAAGAGAAGUCCUCCGCGGAAGAAGAAUUGGGCCAGCACUUCGAGCCGAUCAACGCCCUGAUGAACCGCAAGGUGCUCACCAGCCCCCAGAGCCCCCAGAAGUCGGAUUGCCAGCCCAACUCGCCGACCGAGUCCAGCAGCAGCAAGAACGCGCGCAUCAGCCAGAGCGCCGGCUCCGCGUCGGCCAAGAGCCCCUCCGACCCCAAGGCGUGCAACUGGAAGAAGUACAAGUUCAUUGUGCUCAACUCUCUCAAUCAAAGCGCCAAGCAGGAUGGCCCUGACCAGAAUGAGGCGGGGAGCCUCUCUCCGCGUUCGUACAUGCCCUCCCUGACUUGCCAGCAGUCCAUGGAACCGGAGAGCCUAGACGUGCAGUCUCCCACCAAAAUCAGCAUGAACGGAGAGGAUUCCACGAUUCCCCAAGCGAGCAGGCUGAACAGCAUCGUGAACAGAUCCUUGGACGGAUCCCCACAGAGCAUGGAGGGCCAGUCCCCGGUGUACCUGCACUCAUCCAAGUGCAGCUCUUGCGGUUCGCAGUCGCCCCAGCGUUCAGAGAUGUGCCUUCAUACCCCCGGCUCAAACUUCGGAGAAGAGAUGGGGGAAACGCAGUCCGAAUACUCGGAUUCCAGUUGUGAAAACGGAACCUUUUUCUGCAACGAGUGCCACUGCCGGUUUUCCGAAGAGGCUUCUCUCAAGAGGCACGCCCUCCAAAUGCACAGCGACAAACCCUACAAGUGUGACCGGUGUCAGGCCUCCUUCCGCUACAAGGGGAACCUAGCCAGCCAUAAAACCGUCCACACAGGUGAGAAACCUUAUCGCUGCGGCAUUUGUGGGGCCCAGUUCAACCGGCCAGCCAAUUUGAAGACUCACACACGGAUCCACUCUGGAGAGAAGCCGUACAAAUGCGAGACAUGCGGUGCCAGAUUCGUCCAGGUGGCACACCUCCGCGCUCACGUGUUGAUCCACACCGGUGAGAAACCCUAUCCGUGUGAAAUCUGCGGCACGCGCUUCCGGCACCUUCAGACGCUCAAGAGCCAUCUUCGGAUCCAUACUGGAGAGAAGCCGUACCAUUGUGAAAAAUGCAACUUGCACUUCCGCCACAAAAGUCAGCUCCGCCUCCACCUUCGUCAGAAGCACGGCGCCAUCACCAACACGAAAGUGCAGUACCGGGUCUCGACUGCGGAGGUCCCCCCUGAGCUCCCAAAGGCUUGCUGAAGAUGGACGUGUUUUGGGGAGGGUCGGGAUCAGCCGUGGUAGAGAUUGGAGGUUGGGACGGACAGGGGUUGUGUCCAAAGGAUACUUAAAACACUUUAAGGGGGGGGGGACCUUUUUUGUCACACAAUGGAGUGCCUCUAGAAGCCCAGAGUGCAGAUAGGCGGAAAAGAAACAUAAAAUAAACGGGUUUUGUUUUAAUUAUUUUGUUUCCCAGUUAUGUGAAUCUUUGGACACGUAGUCUGAUCUAUAGUGUGCAGGGGAGAGGUUUGAGAAAACCUUUCGUUCAGAGUCUGUGCGGCGGAGGGUUGAUUUUUUUUUAACCCUUCAUGGCCAGAAGAUGAGGAAUGUAUAUCAUUUUACGGGAACAAAUUUUUAUUUCUUUUUAUGCAAAAAGAGAAAGAGAUUGUAUAUGCUAUUGAAAGAGGAGAGGGCUUUAACUUUUUAACCAAAGGUGAAGGAAUCUAUGGCAGAGUUGUACAUAUAUGAAUAGAUAUAGAUAUAUAGAUAUAUAUAUAUAUAUAAAUAAAUAUAUAUAUAAAAUAUAAACCUUUAAAAGAUAUAUAUUAAAUAUAUAUAAAUGCAUUAAAGUCUCACAAGGACCUCUGCUGGCAGACGGCUAAUCUGAGCGUCUUUAUUGCAUCGGAGCACUUAAGGAGAUAUUUUAAAGUAUUGCAUCUGUAUUGGUGAGAAAAUAUUUUGUCUAAGAGCAUUGAGUGUGUAUUUGUAUUUUUUUGCAAGUGAAGGUUUACAAUUUACAAAAAAAAAAGUGUGUAUUCAACCAACCAAGCUGCAGAAGGAAUUUAAAAUAAUAUAAAGUGUAAUUUUUUUUGUUUUGUUCUAAUUUUCAGUCUGUAUAUAUGUAAAAUGUUUGGGGUUUUAUUUUUCAUUUUUUUCACAGUGCCUUUCUUUUUAAUGUAUGGACUAAAUUCAAGCCCAGUUUGAGGUACGAUCUGAUCUUGCGAAGAGGUCACUGCAAACUCUCGUCGGAGAACGUCUGUCUGUUUUCUCUCCCUUUAAACAUUUUUUUUUUUUUGGUCUUAUUUUAUACACUUGUGUUACAAUCAGUCAGUUUCGGGUGACAGGGUUUGGGCUGCAUCAAACUGCAUUAACGCGUUCUGUAAAAUAUAGCUGUACAAAUUCAAAAAAUAAAACAGCGACAAUGAACUA